AUGAGCAAGCGAAUUUCUAUCAUUCAAGAUCCUCACUUCAUUGCUUUAGCGAAGAAUAGUCAGUGUGUACCAUAUGGGGGAUCGAGAACGUUCAAAUUUAGUCCAAGCGGUGGUCUUGAACCUAUUCCAGUGAAGAAAAUGAAGGUUGAUGGUGGAGUAAAAAAAGAAGAGCCGACUGUUGCCUCUGCUGCAUCACAAGACGUCGAAAACGAGAAAUCAGAAUCAUCGCUCUCGCCACGGCCUCUCGCGCCCUCCACUUUUUGUUGUCCUUUCACCGAGGCAGAAAUGCUGAAAGCGUGGAGUACGCCACUGCCGAAUGACGAUGAUGAAGACGAUGUCUCUGCUGUAUCAGAAAACGGAUCCGAGGAACCAAAAACAUCCUUUUUGCAAGAGCCUUCGACGCCGGCCUUUAUGGACUCCUCUUCCCUCCAAGCAGAAAUGUUGGAAGCGUACAGCGUGCCACUUUCAGAUGACGAUGAAGAUGAUGACUCCCGUUCCGAAAUGGAUAGCAGCUCAACUACCAACAGCCGUGACGAGAGUGGGAUUGGUACCGUUCAGAGUGAGUCGGGAAGAAACGGAGAGAUUAGUCGCUCUAGUCGUUCAUCAACUCCUGACUUGGGCAAACUGGUAAUCAGUGACGACGACACUAGCAGGGAAUCAUCUGCUGAUUCGAGUAAUGUGAAGCUCGUUCGAAAAGAGCUGACUACCAGCAGUUCAUCUACUUCUGAUCUGAGUAGCCUUAAGCUCAUAGAAGAAGAGCUAAGUACCAGCAAUUCGUCGACCUCUGGUCGGAGCAGCGUGGGAAUAAAUGAACAGGAGCUGAGUACCAGCAGACCAUCAACUCCUGAUCUCGGCAGGUUGGUGAUUGGUGACGGCACGCUAAAUGCUAGCAGAGAGUUAUCUGCCGAUUUGAGCUGCUCGGAGAUCGUUGGACAGGAGUUGAGUAUCAACAAUUCAUCGAUUUUUGAUCUGAGCUGUGGAGAGACCGUUGAACAGGACUUAAGUUCCAGCAGUUCAUCCACUUCUGAUUUGAGCAGCUUGGAGAUGACCACUGAACAGGAUUCGAGUACCAGCAGUCUAUCAAUCUUUGAUCUGAAUAGCGUGGAGAUCGCUGAAGAGGAGUUAAGCACCAGCAGUAAUUAA